AUGGUUCAGUUUUCGAAGGUUCUGGCCGUCGUCGCGGCUUGCCUGGUGGCUCCAGUUAUGUCUCACCCAGGCGAGAAGCAUGAUCCGCAUGUGGUGAAGCGCGAAGUCAUUGAGCGCGAUGCGAUGGCGGCAGCCGCAAAGCGGGCUCUGGGCGGAUGUGAGAAUUCAUUGCAUGCGCGGGAGUUGAACAAGCGCAGCAUCGCCCGGCGUGCUCGUACAGUCAAACAGCUUCGUGAAAAGCGUGGUGUUACUGCCAGUCCUCAAAAGUGGCGCCGCAACCUGGCUGCUCUCGAGAAGUGGGAAGCCAUUGACCAUAACAAGACCGAUAUUCUCAAUUAUAGCCCGGCCACGCCCGAAUCAGUUAUCUUCUCCGCAAACACCAGCUGUAUUCUUACUCCCACCGUCACUGAUGGGCCCUACUAUGUAUGGGGUGAGGUGGUGCGCCAGAAUGUGAAGGAAGAGAAGUAUUCCGAUGGUGUGGAUGUCUUCUUGGAGGUGCAAUAUAUCGAUAUCAAUACUUGCCGCCCUGUCCCAGGCGCCUUGGUGGAUAUCUGGCAGGCCAACGCCACUGGUGUGUACAGUGGCAUUUCGACCUCCGGCAAUUAUGCCGCGGACGGUUGGGACUCGACUUACCUCCGUGGAAUCCAGCAGACGGAUCGUGACGGCGUGGUUGAAUUCGAAAGUAUUUUCCCUGGUCACUACGACGGACGUGCCACUCACACGCACUUGUUGACCCAUCUGAACGCCACUCUUCUUCCCAACAAGACACUUGAGGUGGGCACCGGCAGCGUGGCCCAUAUCGGCCAGCUGUUCUGGAACGAAGUGCUCCGCUCGGCCGUCGAAGACACGUACCCAUACACCCUCAACACCCAGAGUGUCACCACGAAUGCCGACGAUAUGUGGAGCGUUAAGCAGGCCGACAGCGCCUACGAUCCUUUCCCCGAGUACAUUUAUCUGGGCGAUGACCUCGACGACGGCCUUUUUGCUUGGAUUCAGAUCGGCAUCAACGCGACCGCAGAUUACACCGACAACUCCUAUUAUAGCAUUGCUGCCUACUAUGAUGCAGAUGGUGGUCAUGAAAACAGCGACAGCUCUGCUAUGGGCAGUGGCUCUGGUGGUGCCACUGGUACCAAUGGCACCAUGCCUUCUGGAAGCGCUAGUCCCAGUGCUUCUGCCUCUGCGUGA